AUGGAUUUGAUUUUCCAUUUUGGUGGCACAAACUUCCGUUCGAACCAUUGUCGUCGUCGCGAAACCGGCAUAUUUUGUUUCAGCAACACCCCCCAGCCGUCGCCGGCGGCGGACGGCAACCCCGAGGAACAAUCGGCGGCCGCUUUCGAUGAUUCUGGAAAUGUUCUUGAUCUCACCAGUUUUCAUCUCCACAGUCUCGAGGCUGUCGAUUUGCCGAGAACUCUGACGGAAUUGGACCUAACGGCUAAUCGUUUUUCGGGCUUGGACCCGAGGAUCGCGAAGCUAUCUAGCCUUAAGAGCCUCUCUCUCCGGCAGAAUCUUGUCGACGAUGCCACUGUCGAGCUGCUUUCUCGCUGGGACGCCUUGUCCGGCCUCGAGGAGUUGAUUCUCAGGGAUAACAAGCUCACAAAAGUGCCCGAUAUCAGCAUAUUCACGAUGCUUUUGGUUUUUGACAUAUCUUUCAAUGAAAUCCCUUCAUUGGAAGGAUUAGCAAAGGCCUCUAGCACCUUGAAGGAGGUCUCUGUGUCGAAAAACGAAGUUACCAAGAUGAUCGAGAUUGAACACUUACACAACUUGCAAAUUCUUGAACUGGGCUCUAAUAGAUUGCGGGUAAUGGAAAAUUUGGAGAACUUAACAAAGUUAGAAGAACUGUGGCUUGGAAGAAACCGUAUCAAAGUUGUAAACCUAUGUGGGCUUAAUUGUAUCAAGAAAAUAAGCUUGCAGAGCAAUGGAUAUUCGAUGAGAGGGUUUGAGGAUUGUGUUGCUCUGGAAGAGUUAUAUUUGAGCCAUAAUGGUAUCUCAAAAAUGGAAGGUUUGAAUAGAUUGGUUAACCCCCAUGUACUAGAUGUCUCCAACAACAAUCUCACAUCAGUUGAUGAUAUUCAUAACCUAAUAAAGUUGGAAGAUUUAUGGCUUAAUGACAACGAGACAGAGUCUCUUGAAGGCCUUGCAGAUGUUGUUGCAGGGUCAAAAGAGAAGCUUACCACUAUCUACCUCGAAAAUAACCCAUGUGCCAAGUCCACGGAUUAUGUCGCUACUGUCAGAGAAAUAUUCCCGAACGCGCAGCAAAUCGAUUCUAACAUAUUUGAUUAGAGGAAGAUUCAUCGUUCCAUGUUUUCUGUAUGCGCAAUCUUCUUCACCAGAAGUAUCCGCCUCCAAAGGACUUUCCUCUGCACGGUUUUUGUCGCUUCCUCGUGCAUUGAGUCCUGACAAAUCGAUCAGGUAAAACCCAGAUGGCUCAAGAACGCUGUGUGUCAUUACUGUUUCUACCUGUGUCAUAGAACAACACACACACACACACACACAUAUUCUCUUCUUCACCAUUUGUCCUAAUUGUAGAAUAGUUUUCCCUGAGCUCUAAUUCUAGGUUUGUUCUUUAUUAAAGCCUCUGGAGAUUAUAUUUGUUUUGUUCCAUUUUCAAGCCUUAAAAAAACAGCUCCUUAUAAUAUGUAAUGAGAAUAAAGCCUCUGGAGAUUAUAUUUGUUUUGUUCCAUUUUCAAGCCUUAAAAAAACAGCUCCUUAUAAUAUGUAAUGAGAAUAAAGCCUCUGGAGAUUAUAUUUGUUUUGUUCCAUUUUCAAGCCUUAAAAAAACAGCUCCUUAUAAUAUGUAAUGAGAAUCUCUGUGAACACAGCUUUAGAACAGUUGAAGUGCUUUGUCUCAGAAGAGGUUUUUUCCAACU